AUGGCCUUGGGGAACCACAGCACCGUCACCGAGUUCAUCCUCCUGGGGCUGUCUGCAGACCCCCACGUCCAGGCCCUGCUCUUUGUGCUGUUCCUAGUGAUUUACCUCCUGACUGUGAUGGGAAACCUCACGAUGCUGCUGGUGAUCAGGGCUGAUUCCCACCUCCACACGCCCAUGUACUUCUUCCUGAGUCACCUCUCUUUCCUGGAUCUUUGCUACUCCUCAGUCACUGUGCCCAAGCUGCUAGAGAACCUCCUGUCUCAGAAGAAAACCAUCUCUGUGGGGGGCUGUCUGGCUCAAGUCUUCUUUGUGUUUGAUGCUGGGGGCACUGAAGCCUGCCUGCUCUCAGUAAUGGCCUAUGACCGCUAUGUUGCCAUCUGCCACUCUCUGCACUACGGACAGAUCAUGACCAACCGGCUCUGUAAUAGUCUGGUGUGCAGCUCCUGGGUCCUGAGCUUUCUGGACGCACUCAUCAACAUCCUACCAGCUAUGAGCUUGGACUUCUGUAAGGAUCAGUCCAUCCCCCACUACAGCUGUGAGCUGCCCUCUCUCUUCCCUCUGUCCUGCUCUGAUGUCUCCACCAGUCUUACUGUUCUGCUCUGUUCCAGUCUCCUGCAUGGGUUUGGAACCUGUUUGCUGAUUGUAUUCUCCUAUGCCCUUAUUGUCUCCACAAUCCUCAGUAUGAGCCACUCCUCAGGUAGAGGCAAGGCCUUCUCCACCUGCUCCUCUCACCUCUCUGCAAUCCUCCUGUUUUAUGGCUCGAUUUCCCUUCGCUAUCUCAUGCCAACCUCAGGUUCAACCCUGGAGUUGAUCAUGUCUGUACAGUACAGUGUGGUCCCUCCCUUAGUGAAUCCCCUCAUCUACAGCUUAAAAAAUAAUGAGGUGAAAGCAGCUGUGAGAAGGACCUUUAGAAAAUAUCUCCAAUAUGCACUGCCCAAAUACAGAAGAUGA